AUGCGUUUCGUCGUUGGAGAUGACACAGGCCUCGUGAAGGAAGUUCUCGGAGCUGAGCAGAAGCUCGGCCGGAAAAUGGGCUCACAAGCCCUAGGUGAGGCCGUCACACACCUCGCAUGGGCAUGUGCCGCGGGAGAGGAGACUCGAUUCGCAGUGGUUCGAUCAUGCGGUCGAAUCGAGCUUGUCGAUAAUACCAUUGGGGAUGCAUGGACAGUGCUCAAGACGUGGCAGACCAGUGAUGACGUCAAGACGACCUACUGGGAGGACGGCAAAUUAUCGUUCAUUAGCGGUGACGGUACGUGGCUCACUGUAGCGGAUGAUGGCAGUGAAGGAGAGUCUGCUCAGUCAUCAAGGAGUUCCCUGAGCUCAGCUGUCAAGGUCUGCGCUGUACGUCCUGGUAGUGACCACAAGCAUGUGAUGAUGGUUUCCUCGGAGGGCGCGAAUCCAAGGUUGACGGAUCGAGAGGGCAAGACGCUGUGGCGAGGAAGAAACGUCCAGGAUUCAAAAUACGAUCUGAAGGUCGAGUUCGACGUCACGGCAAUCGAGUGGCUGAGUCCAGAGUGUGUGGUUAUGGCGGAUACCCAAGGGAAAAUCAGAGUCUAUGCAGUGAAGGAGGGAGAAGGGGCCCGUCGGCGUCCACUGCUUGAGCUGCCGUUGACCUUUGUUACGGAGAUGUCUAGUCAUGCUACGGGACAAUCGAUUACCAAGGGCCGACCGGUUACUCGUAUGCACCAUGAUCCGUCGACCGAGCUGCUCUAUGUCGGUGACACUGUCGGCACGCUGAUGGCUCUGAGCACGAAAAAGAUUCUGGAGUUGGUGUCUCGCGACGAGAUAGAGACGCCCGAGGGUGCCGGGAAAGCUGGCAGGAUGGCCCAUCUAAAGUAUGCCAAGUCGAUGCUGCCGUUUGUCCGGGGGUUAUCAGGAGUCAUGGGUUCAAUCCGCGGCAUUGUUACUUUGGGAGAUCUCAUAUUCGUUUGUGGUCUUGGGCGGUUCGCCUAUGUGUACCGCGGCAAGCGACAAGUGUGCAAGGUCUACCUCAAGCAGAAGCUCACGGCCAUCCUACCACUCCAAUCUGCUGAUGUUCCAACUGAUGAUGACGACCAAUCUGAUGAUGGCGAGGAGGGUAGCGGCUCGUCAGACGGAGAGGUUGUUGACGAUGGAGAAGAUGAAGAUGAAGACGGGCUGGAUGAGCUCGAUGAAAGUGACGGCUCGAGUGAGGGAGACUUCGGUGACUUUGAUGAGGACGACGUAGAGGAGCCACAGUCCACUCAAGAGGGCAGAAAGCGGAAACAGAAUUCUCCUGAAGGUGACUACUUUAUCGAGUAG